AUGCGUCCUUUGCAGACUUUAGCGCAGUGCUUGGACUUGCGAGACGUUUGGCAAGAACGCUUUGCACACCGUCCAUCCCCCGCAGUCGUUCCAGAGGGCCCCUCCAGCCGCAGGGGCCCCACAGGGGGCCUCUAUGGCGCUGAAGGCACUCCGGAGCCACUCUUUAGACCGGAGAAACCACCCCUCCUCAUUUCUCCUAUUCCUUCGGUGCGGAAGUUUCUUUCGAGCCUAAAAGAAAUCAUGACUGCCGUGCAAAAUCCAGCCUGCAAGUCUUUCUGCUACCGUCGAUUGCGCUACUUAGAGGAAAAAUUUACGCUGCACACGAUGUUCAACAGCUCCGCAGAGCUGCAAGAAACGCGUGACAAUCAUCAUCGAGACUUUUACAACGUUCGGAAGGUGGAUACCCACGUGCAUCAUGCUGCCUGCAUGAAUCAGAAGCAACUCUUGAAUUUUAUUCGGAGGAAGUAUGACGAGGAAGGCGAUACAAUUGUUCAUGUGCUGCCUACCGGAGGCGCUGCUCAGACGUUGAAAGACGUCUUCAGUUCCAUGGGACUGGACGCAUAUGCAGCUUCCGUUGAUUGCCUGGGCGUGCAUGCCUUAGGAUCGUGCUUCCAGCGAUUUGAUCUUUUCAAUCAAAAGUACAACCCUUUCGGGCAAAGGACGCUGCGUGACGUUUUCCUAAAGACAGACAACCAUCUUAGAGGCCGCUUUCUAGCGGAGCUGACGCGAGAAGUUAUCAAAGACUUGGAAGACAGGCGCUAUCAGCACAUGGAAUGGCGCAUCUCGAUUUACGGCAGUCAUACAGAAGAAUGGUCUCGUCUAGCGGCAUGGGUAGUUGACAACAAACUUACGUCUGUUCGCGUACGAUGGCUUAUUCAGGUUCCCAGACUCUACUACGUGUAUCGAACUCGUGGGGGCGUGCGGAGCUUCGGCCAUCUGUUGGAAAACGUCUUUGGCCCCCUUUUCGAAGCUGCAAGCAAUCCUGAGAAGCAUCCCAAGAUCUUCACUUUCCUGCAACAGGUGGUUGGCUGGGAUUCAGUGGAUGAUGAAUCCCACGUUUCAAAGUAUACUAUGGAAGGAGGCGACCUGCCCCCUCCCGAGUUGUGGACCUCCUCAGACAAUCCACCAUACUCCUAUUGGGGGUAUUACAUGUAUGCGAAUAUUCGAGCGCUUAACCGUCUUCUGUACAUUCAAGGCGUGAGGCCCCUGGCAUUCAGACCGCACUGCGGAGAGGCUGGCAGCGUGUCUCACCUGGCAACAAUGUUUCUUUUGGCCAAGGGGAUAAACCAUGGGAUUCUUCUUAAGAAAAGCCCCGUCCUGCAAUACCUUUUUUAUCUGCAGCAAAUCGGAAUUGCCAUGUCGCCACUCUCUAACAAUGCCUUGUUUCUCGAAGUUGCAAAAAAUCCGCUCAACCUCUUUUUCAAAAUAGGGCUUAACGUCUCUCUCUCCACAGACGACCCCCUGAUGUUUCACUUCACGGAUGAGCCGCUCCUGGAAGAAUAUUCUCUUGCAGCGCACCACUGGAAGCUUACACCCGUCGAUUUGUGCGAGCUGGCGCGAAAUUCUGUUUUACAGAGCGGUUAUGAAGACGAGUAUAAGGCGCACUGGUUAGGGCCACAAUUCCGUUUGCCAGGGAAAAGAGGCAACUGCAUGCGCCAGUCCAACGUUAGUGACAUCAGGUUGCAAUAUAGAGAGGACACUCUGCGGGAUGAGCUAUGCUACAUGCAUGACGUGCUGGCUCUGCGGCUCGCGUUCCCAGAGGGGGCGACCUUGGCGGAAGCUGCCGUCGCUGCUUCUUCCAGCAACGCCGUUUCAGCGAACCUAGCAGCCACUGGCGAUGGCGACGGUACCACCACACAAUUAAAAACACUUUUCCCAGGAGCACUUGUAAAAUCCAGCCAUGCGGGCUUUCAGAAACGGAGGGCUAGCGGGACGGGAAGACAGGAUUGCCGCUAUCCAGUCAAUAUACAUGUCAACAUACAUGCGCCUGCUGCUGCUGCCGCCUCGCAGACACCCGCGGACUCUCAGAAGCUUACCGCAAGGGCUCUGCUGUCCUCAUGGGGCACUACGGCGACAGCGAUCGGCCCGCAUCCUAAGUGCGUGGAAGCAGCAGCCACAACGCUUUCGUAA